GGAAAAAUCCUUACAAUCCUAUCGUCAAUAUGGGUCUGAAAUCUCUCUUCAACCGCAAGAAAAAACAACGAAAUCCAAUCACAACAGACUCAUGCAACCCAACACCCAUACCAUCAAGGUCAUCAUCUCUCCAAUCAUGUACCCAGAUCGAGGAAGAACUCGAGCAAGUCUUCAAGAAAUUCGACGUCAACGGCGACGGAAAAAUCUCCUCCUUCGAGCUCGGUUCCAUCUUCGCCAGCCUCGGAAAUCCAGCCACCGACGAAGAGCUCCUGGAGAUGAUCAAAGAGGUAGACGCCGACGGCGAUGGGUUCAUCGAUUUGCAUGAAUUCAUCGUCCUGAACACGAAGGACAUUGAUUCCGAUGAGGUUUUGGAGAAUUUAAAGGACGCUUUCUCGGUGUUUGAUAUCGACAAGAGCGGAACGAUAUCAGCGGAGGAGUUGCAGAACGUUCUCCAAAGCUUGGGAGAAGAGAGCUCGUUGACUGAGUGCAAGAAGAUGAUCAGUGGGGUUGAUUCGGAUGGCGAUGGGAUGAUCAGCUUCGAGGAGUUUAAGGUUAUGAUGAUGAUGGGCUCACGUUUCGAUGCUGUUGGAUCACAAAAAGAAACGGUCGAAUGA